UUUAAUAAAUAUUAUUUUAUUAUUAAUUAUUAACAUUCGCGGGCAAAAUGAUGGAAUAAGUUAUUUAACACAAAUAAUUUUAAAACUUACUAUAUGCAGCUUAAUCUAUAAAACUUUGGUCAUACUGCAUUUAUAUAUUUUCUUUUACAGCAGUUGGCAACAAGCAAAUCAAUAAACCGUUAAAGUUUUACGAAACUUACAAACUGUUGAUCUACUCAUCACUGACAUUGCCGUGAUCACAUAGCUUUACUUUAUUAUUUCAACAAUAUUCACAAGCUACAAAUAUUGUUUGAGAAGCUUCAAAUAUUGUUUGAGAAAUUUAAAAAUAUAUGUAUAGUAUUUAAAACAUUUGUAAAACAUAUGCGCAAUUAUGUUGCGUGGCUGCUCGAAAUUCACGAAUUUAUCACAGAGUGUAAUAAGAAACCUGCCGCUGAAUCCAACGCAAUUCAAACGUUAUAUAGCCGAUAAGUGUUGCCCCUCACAAGCGUCAGAAGACACCGCAAAUACAGCAGACUCCAAGCAUUCCUUUAAAAAUGACGCAUUUACUCCACUUGACUUCGUACCCAUCACCGCUUAUCGCAGCUUGGAUGACCCGAAGGAGGUGCUCGGUCCAGGCGCGCACAAAUGCAAAGAAUACAAGAACCCAGAAUAUUUUGCAUACCAUCGUUUCUCAUUCUAUGAACUGCAGAACGUCGCUUUGAAUCUGGCUAAGCAUUCGGAAGGCGGCGUGCUAUACGAAGCAGAGAGUGGAUCUGAAAGCGACGAAGAGUGUGGAGAAAACAAUAGUGCGACCGAAAUCGAGAAAUGUGCGAAAAAAGAAAUCGAAACAGAAUGUGAAAAGAGCAAUGAAGAUAAGGCGAAGGAGUGAAGUUGUGCUCAGAGAAAAAGAUAACUGGAAACGAAUUUUCACUUUCAAGGAAGAGAAAGAGACAUUUAAAUAAAUAUAUUUGUUAUUGUUAAAAACUCGUAUAUAUAUGAUGUUAAAUUUUUGUACAUUUGUGUGAUUUUUUAUAAAGGUCUCUAACUCGCAUGUGCACUAACAGUUGUGUAACCAACUGCAGUGAACAUAGAUAUACGUUCUCUCUUCAAACCACGAAAUGAACAUUAUAAGCAUAUUAUAUGCUUGAGAGCCACUAAAAGUUUGAAUUAGUUACUUUGGAAAUGAAAUAACGGGAAUUUUCGCUGCAAACAUAAAUUAUUUUAUUAAUAUUUAUUUUUUUGUGUUUUUUUGUAUGCCAUGUAGAAACUGCAAGUUGCACUUAAAUGUCUAGAUUCUUAAAAUGUGAGAACAUGUUGAAUACAAAAAUAUAAAAACAUUGAA